UCGGAGCGUAUAAAAAGGAGAUAGGGACUCCAAAAGAGGGAGAGCAAGCACUCGUCAACUCACUGCCAGGUCUGGUGUUUGAUAGAGAGGAAAGAUAACUUCAACUUCUGAAGAGAUGUGGAAAGUCUGUGUCAUUGUGAUCCUCCGCGUAACGCUGGUGUCAGCCUUGUGCCCGAAGGAUUGCCGGUGUUUCCCCGACACCUCCAGAUGUGCAGCGGGAGUCAGUCUCACGCUGGAUGGCUGUGGAUGCUGUAAAGUGUGUGCACGACAGCUCUUUGAAGACUGCAGCAAGAAGCAGCCAUGUGACCACACAAAGGGACUGGAGUGUAACUUUGGAGGGGGAUAUGGCUCUGCUCAUGGCAUCUGUCGAGCCACAUCAGAUGGAAGAACAUGCGCGUACAACAACAAGAUUUACCAGAACGGGGAAAUCUUCCGUCCAAACUGCAAACACCAGUGCACUUGCAUGGACGGUGCUGUUGGAUGUGUGUCCCUCUGCCCACAUCAGCUCACGCUGCACAAACUGGGCUGUGCCGAGCCCAAGCGCGUGAAGGUACAGGGAGGGUGCUGUGAACAACUCGUCUGCCCCGAGGAGGCAAAGACGGAGAGCUCUGUGGUGAAGAAACACAGAAGAAAGAACGGCAAAGACGGACCGUCUGAAGACGACCUCACCAGUAAGAAUGAGCUGGCUCCUGUGUGGAGAGGAGAAUCUAAUUCUUUACCUGCUUUUAGGAGUCACCCAAUGGGCCACAUGUUGAUCAGAGGAGUCAAGUGUGUGACUCGAACCACAGCGUGGUCUCCCUGCUCCAAAUCCUGCGGCACUGGAGUAUCCACCAGGGUGACCAACAGCAACACCCAGUGCAAACUGGUGAAGGAGACUCGGAUCUGUGAAGUCCGGCCAUGCAACCAAAGGACCUUCAUCAGAUUGAAGAAAGGUAAAAAAUGUAGCGACGUAGAGAAGGCCAGACGCUCAGUUAAACUGUCCUACGCAGGCUGCCGUAGCCUGAAGAGGUUCCAGCCGAGGUACUGUGGGUUCUGCUCGGACGGCCGGUGCUGCAGGCCUCACCGGACCCAGACGUUGCCUGUCCACUUCCGAUGCCAAAACGAAGAGAUCAUCAGCAGGAUGGUGAUGACGAUUGAGUCUUGCAAGUGUAACCUCAUCUGCUCCAGCAGCAAAGAAAAGACAUCAGCCCGCAAAAGACUUUAUAACGAUAUCUACCAACCUGAACAUGUAAAGCUCAAGAACAUCAGCAGGAGGAAGUUCUGA